UAAUCUCUGUUCUGUUGUGUUCUGCUCUCCUCUCUCCAGUGCGGACGGUGAGUUCGCCGUGACCCACAUGACCAAGGCCCACCUGUUCCACAAUGGGAAGGUGCGCUGGGUUCCCCCGGCCAUCUAUAAGUCCUCCUGCUCUAUAGACGUCACCUUCUUCCCCUUCGACCAGCAGAACUGUAAGAUGAAGUUUGGCUCCUGGACUUACGACAAGGCUAAGAUUGACCUGGAACGCAUCGAGGUAUGGGGUUGCAUCAAUCAGUUAGUCAGUCAGUCAAUCAAUCAAUCAAUCAAACAAUCAAUCAAUCAAUCACUCAAGCAGGUACUGUUGUAAAAAUGUUGUAAAAGAUGUGUACGACACGGGUAAGGUAAUGUAAGUAUUGUCUAUGUGUCUAGUGUGUAUGUACAGUGUUUAUGUUUUAUACAUUAGCCUGGUCCCAGAUCUGUUUGUGUUCUUGCUAACUCCAUUGCUGUCAUUGUCAAGCCACACUGAGAGCUGAUCAGAGCCAGCAGUGUGUGACAAUCUUCCCAUAAGGGACACUAAACACAGUGGAUCUGAACAACUGUAUCUACACAGUGCUUAUGAAGCCUUUAUGUAUGCCAUAUGAAGCCUUCAUAGAGUGGGACGGUUUAUCUCUAUUCCCUAGAACACUGUGGAUCUGAACAACUACUGGGAGAGUGGGGAGUGGGCCAUCAUCAAUGCAGUGGGAACAUACAACACCAAGAAGUACGACUGCUGUCAUGAGAUCUACCCUGAUAUCACAUACUUCUUCAUCAUCAGACGACUGCCUCUCUUCUACACCAUCAACCUGAUCAUCCCCUGUCUGCUCAUCUCCUGUCUCACCGUCCUGGUCUUCUAUCUCCCCUCAGGUAGGUCCUGGUCUUCUAUCUCCUUUCAGGUAGGUCCUGGUCUCCCCUCAGGUAGGUCCUGGUCUUCAGUCUCCCCUCAGGUAGGUCCUGGUCUCCCCUCAGGUAGGUCCUGGUCUUCGGUCUCCCCUCAGGUAGGUCCUGGUCUUCGGUCUCCCCUCAGGUAGGUCCUGCUCUCCCCUCAGGUAGGUCCUGGUCUUCU